AUGUCAUCGACUUUAAAACGUCGACGUAUAACUUCCAACUAUUUGACUUCUUUACGUAGUGUGACGUGUGUUGAAUUUGGAAGAAAUGAGUAUGAAAUUUUUUCUGCUGGUGCUGUGGAUAGUGUGGUCAAAUGUUGGGAUAUUCGACGAAUUAAUCGAAUAAAAAAGAAAGAAAUGUCAAGACCAGUGUAUGAAAUUUCGUGUUCAAGUCAAAAAGGAACACGUCGUGGUAUUUCGUCUUCAAAACUUUUGGGUGCACAACAUGGUACAUCGCGUUUACUUGUUAAUGUAUCAAAUGAUUCCGUUGCUGUGCUUGAUCUUGGAGUAUAUGCACGAAAUUGUCAACCAAAAACGAAUCUUCGAUGUGUUGGACAUCGAACUACGUCAUUUUACAGCAAAGCCACGUUUUCAACAGAAGGAGAUUUUAUUGCUGCUGCUUCUGCAGAUGGUCUUGUAUAUGUUUGGGAUGCACAUUUAAGAACUUUGUAUGAUCAAACAUUGAAUUUAUCAAACUCAAGUGAUAAAAGUAUCCGACGAUUGCCAUGUUUAGCAUUGAAAGGACAUGAGAAUGAAGUGAGUGGAUUUGCAUGGAAUCUUCAAGACUUGACACAACUUGUCUCGUGUUCGGAUGAUGGUACUGUACGAUGCUGGCAGGUUGAUGGAGAACGUCUAGAACGUUCAAAAGUGACACAGUUUCAGGUAGAAACAAGUCAUGAGAAUGAUUCCGACAAUUACAAUACAACGCAUUGGACAAAUUGGAACGAUUUUAUUCUCCAGCCGGACGGGUAUGCGUACCGUAUUCAAUGUCUCUCUGUCCCGAAGUUAAGCUCCAGUGUCAAUCAUCUAGCUGAUAGUUCUUUGCGUGCUACUCACUACGAAACUACUUCUCAUUUGUCUUCUAUCCAUACAUUAGGCGAAUUAAAAGAGAAACAACAAAGUGAUCGUCAUUUUGAGCACGUAGUAGUCGAAUGA